AUGGGAUCGUAUCACAUAUUUGCUUCUAUUACUUGGUUUAAUCGGGUUGUGAGUAAGAAUGGAAGGGAGAAUUCACAGGGACAGGUUAACAGGUCGGUUUCUCAGGGGCAUGGUAACCGAUCUAAGUCUGAGGAACAUAUGGGGAGGCCUCAGGUGCAUGUUCAUGUCCAGAGUGGUUCUUUUGCCAAUGCAGUUAAGGGAGAUACAAGUGCAAAUGAGAAGAAAAAACCGGUUUCUGUUGUGUGGUCUUUACAAGGAACAAAGAUUGACAAUCCUUUGUCCAUCCAAUCUUCGAUUUUCGGUAAGCUGAGAGAUAUUAGAUUGAUUUCAAAACUGUGUAUUCUUUUGAAAGAAGAAGGAUUUCCUAUGAGUAUUAUCAAAUCGGUUGUUAAUGGCUUCUAUGUUAAAGAGCGUACUAUUUGGUUAGAGAUGUUGUGUCUACCUUGUUGUAGUUGGAAUGAUGCUACUGUUAAAAAUAUAGCUAAUAUAUGGGGUGACGUUUACUUUCUUGAGGAAGAUGAGAAUGCUCCAUUGGCGGAAACAGAUAUGAUGGAGGCAGGUGAUAUUGAUUCGGAUAUUCCAGAUUUGUUAGGUGAUGAAGAAGAAGAUGUAUGUUUUGAUGAAGAUGAGAUUAAAGGAAGAAAUGUAAAAACAAAUGGUAGAAGGAUAUUUAAUUUCUCUAAAGUAAAAGAUGAGGAGAAGGUGAAUGAGGGGCAUGGGGAUUCUUUCGGUACGGACAACAUGCAUAGUAAAGGGGAUAGAGGUGUCGGGUUUUUGGAUAGAAAAGGCGGGUUUUUUCAAACUAAUAUUAAAAGAAAGGGCAAUGAGGUAGUGGAUGGGGGGUCUUCCUCAUUCGUUGAUGAUGCCGCUCCUGUUACGGAUGUGAAUCAAAGUGAACCGAGUAAGCGCGUCAAGGAGCCAAUUGAUGUAAUUUUGGAUUGGGCUAGAAAACCUUAA